GGAGGUCGUCAGCAGACGGUCGGCCGAUGCAUAUCCUGCCAAGUAGAUCUCUUCCAUUACUUUUGAUGCCCUCUGUGCGUACGUAUAGAUAGCCCAGUGGUCUCCCGAGUGCGAUCCGCGGUGUCAUUUUUUUGUUCUCUCGUUUCAUUCUGCGUUUUUACCAAAAGUGGGCCAGAUUUGACCGGUGUGUCGGAUCUAUUGAAGUGCUCUGCUUGCGGAUGUGGCUUGCUUGGGUUCAUCGACCCGAUGAGAAUUUUGGGGGAAAUCGACUGGAAACACGGACAAAGGAGUCAUCGAUGACCUGCAUACGAGGAGUUUCGUCUGUGUAUAGGAUGUAACCCUUCGAUUUUGGGGAAAAAAGGCCAUUUUCCCUCUUCUAACCUACUCAAGACAAAGUUGGACAUUCUUAGAAGUUUUUUUCUCCCCCCCCCCCCCGCUGCCUUAACCAUUACCAAUAGCCACCAUAUGUUAAGUCAGUUGGACUAUGAAUUCGUGACUGUGUUUUUUUUCAACCGGGUGAACUUUUACAGGCAUUCACGUCGACUUUCUACCAUAAUCUACCGAUCACGUUUGUGUUAAGAUUUCCAAGCAGGCUGCAUCUUACAUGUGGGCAAGGCUACGGUCAGUGGGUGCACGGCCCAGCAGUCCACACGACUUGCUUUUGCGUCUCGUCCAUAGAGUGGAUUUUCUUCGCCUUUUCGCCUUAUUCUGUGUGGCAUUAUGGAGCUGACAUGCAAGACUGUCUUCCCAGUGUGGUUUAUCCUCCUGAAGUGUGUUCUUCUGGCCUCUGCAGAGGAAGAGGUUUUGAUGAACACGAAGACGGAGACCUCGGAUCUGAAAUGGACUAUUUACUCCAAUACCAAGCCUGAGUGGGAGGAAAUGAGUGGUCUGGAUGAGGAGAAGAACAGUGUGAGGAUAUAUCAGAUCUGCCAGACAGAAAGCUCAUCCAGCCAUUGGCUGCGCAGUGGGCUGAUUCUGCGGCGUGGAGCCUCUCAGGUGUAUGUGGAGCUGCGCUUCACCAUGAUGGAGUGCUCUUCGAGGACCACCCACCACCGAAGCUGUAAGGAGACCUUUAACCUCUACUACUACCAGGCAGACACAAAUGAGGCCACAGCCACUCACCCACCCUGGAUGGAGAACCCAUACACCAAGGUGGACACAGUGGCUGCAGACUUCCUAUUGAGGAAGGGCGGGGAGCAGAAGUUCAAUGUGAAGACAUUGCGACUCGGCCCUCUGUCUAAGCGAGGCUUCUAUUUGGCCUUUCAGGCUCAGGGAGCAUGCAUGGCCUUGCUGUCAGUCAGGGUCUUUUUCAAGAAGUGUCCUGCUCUGGUCAGUGCCCUCUCCUCCUUCUCUGAGACCAUACCCCGCACCUUGGUGCAAGAGGCACAAGGGGUGUGUGUGGAGAAUGCAGCCCAACAGGGUCCCCGACCACGCCCCCCUAAGCUCUUCUGUGGGGAAGAUGGCCAGUGGGUGGGCCAGCCUACAACAUCAUGUGCUUGCUUGCCAGGAUUUGAGCCUGCUGAAGGACACACUCGGUGUACAGCCUGUCCGGUGGGUCAGUUCAAGUCAGCUACAGAGGACCAAUGCACAGGCUGUCCAGGAUUCAGCCAUGCCCUGGUCACAGGGUCACCUGUGUGUGUGUGCCGCCCAGGAUAUCUGCGCGCACAGUCUGACCCCCCUGACUCCCCCUGCACCAGACCUCCUUCAGCACCACGCAGCAUUGUCACCAAAAUCAACGACACCACCCUCUCACUGGAGUGGAAUGAGCCCCUGGACAGUGGUGGCAGGACAGACCUGAGCUACGCCAUCAGAUGCUCCCUCUGUGGCCCGCCCAGGGGCCCCUGCAUGCCCUGCGGAGACAGUGUCAGCUACCGUCCCGCGCAGUACGGUUUGCUGGGUCGCAGGGUGGAGGUCUGGGGCCUCAUGCCCCACACCACUUACACCUUCUCCAUUCAAGCCCUCAACGGGGUAUCUCAGCUCAGCGACAAGAGCCCUGCCAGCGAGAGUGUUAACAUCACAACAAACCAUGACGUGCCGGUGCUGGUAUCUGUGAUUCGGAAGAGCGUGUCGACAGAGAGCAGUCUGACUCUCCACUGGUCAGUUCCAGCCCAGCCUUACUACACCAUCCUGGAGUACCAGCUACGCUACUGUGAGAAGGAGCGGCGUGGCGAGGAUCAGUGUCAUUUCAGAGAGAGUGACAGUAACCACGUGGUACUGAGCGACCUUCGCAGGGCCACCCAGUAUGAGGUCCAGGUCCGAGCACGCACAAUGGCUGGCUACGGCAGCUUCAGUCCAACAGCCAUUUUCCGCACCCUGCCUGAUGGGCAUGACUCUCCCUCCCAGCUCUUGGUCACUGGUGUCCUUAUCGCUGUGGGAAUGUUGCUGCUCAUCACUCUCAUCUGUGUGGCUGUCUUCUGCAUACGCCGACAUGGCAGAAUAAAGGAUCCAGAGCUGAGUGACAAAAACAGCCAGCACCUCGUUGGACAAGGGGUCAAGAUUUAUAUCGACCCUUUCACCUAUGAAGAUCCCAAUGAGGCAGUUCGAGAGUUUGCCAAGGAAAUUGAUGUUUCAUUUGUCAAGAUUGAGGAGGUUAUCGGUGCCGGGGAGUUCGGGGAGGUUUGCCGCGGAAGACUGAAGAUUCCAGGGAAGAAAGAAAACUACGUGGCCAUAAAGACACUAAAGGGUGGUUACACUGAUAAGCAGAGGCGGGACUUCCUGUCUGAGGCAUCCAUCAUGGGCCAGUUUCAGCAUCCUAACAUCAUUCACUUGGAGGGCAUCAUCACAGCCAGCUGUCCGGUCAUGAUCCUCACUGAGUUUAUGGAGAAUGGAGCUUUGGACUCUUUUCUGAGGCUGAAUGAUAGCCAGUUCACUCCUAUCCAGCUGGUGGGCAUGCUACGUGGCAUCGCCUCCGGCAUGAAGUAUCUGUCGGAUAUGAGCUAUGUCCACCGAGACCUCGCUGCCCGCAACAUCCUGAUCAACAGCAAUCUGGUGUGCAAGGUUUCUGAUUUUGGCCUUUCACGCUUCCUGCAGGAGAACUCCUCUGACCCGACUUACACCAGUUCUCUGGGAGGUAAGAUUCCUAUUCGCUGGACGGCACCUGAGGCCAUAGCCUUCAGAAAGUUCACAUCAGCCUCAGAUGUAUGGAGCUACGGCAUUGUCAUGUGGGAGGUGAUGUCCUUUGGAGAGAGGCCAUACUGGGACAUGAGCAACCAAGAUGUAAUCAAUGCCAUUGAGCAAGACUACCGGCUACCCCCUCCCCCUGACUGCCCCACCCACCUCCACCAACUAAUGCUGGACUGUUGGCAGAAGGAGCGUACGGCACGUCCACGCUUUGCUGACAUCGUCAGUGCCCUGGACAAGCUGAUCCGCAACCCCGCGUCACUGAAGAUAUUGGCCCAAGAAGGUGCAGGGCCAUCUUACCCCCUGCUGGACCAACGCGUGCCCCCGGCCCUCUCAACAUGUGCCUCAGUGGGAGAUUGGCUCAGGGCCAUCAAGAUGGAGCGUUACGAAGAUAGCUUCCUUCAGGCCGGCUUCACAUCAGUAGAUCAGCUGGCGCAGAUCACCACAGAGGAGCUGCUGCAUAUGGGAGUGACUUUGGCUGGACAUCAGAGGAAGAUUCUCUCCAGCAUUCAGACUGUGACCAUAAGGAGCAAGAGCGCAGCAUCCAUGCCAUUCUAAUCACAGCAUAGGUCGCCUGGCCCCAAACCCUAAUACAAACACCAGCACACAAGUGUAGCCACGGUGUGAGAGCACUGCCUACACACAGAACUGCGCAGUACUUUUCGGGGCACCAGUGAUUAACACGAAAUAUGGACUUCAUCAAAGGGUUUUGGCACCGUUUCUGAAUGCCACUGAAUAAAACAUUUCACGAGAGACAACCUUCCCAGCAGCAUGAGAGAGCUGUCCAAAGACAAGCCCAAACCACCCACACUAGCCCCUAAAGCCCUGAAGCCGCGGACUAUGGGUUGAAGUUGGUGUUGUACAUUUUGCCUCUGCGUCGUUAUUACAGUAGUGGCCAUUUCACCCUCUGCUAGUUGCCUGCUUCACUGUUGUCAUGUUUAACUGUGGCCAAGACCCAAUAAAACUGCUCAAGCCAGAGGAAAGACAGAUCAAUGCCAAUACCAUUCCCCGGGUUACGGCUUUUUUAAUAUUGUGUCCUGAUGAAAAUUUAAGACUAUUCAUUGGCCAUGAUUGCUGCCACAGUGAGAUGAGGCUGUCAUCUCUCACCAAAUGAGACAAUUAGGAUUACUGGUUUCAUAGUAAUGCGUAAUGAUGAAGUCUAUGGAUUUUCAUCGACGGGCAACGUCUUCACCUUAGGUGUCUUGAAUUGAUCCAUUCAUAUAUCAUGAUAUGGCCACUGUUCUUAGAAAACUAAAUAGAGGUUUUAUCGGAUUUUCUCUGUUUUCAUUGGGUUUAAAAAUGACACUUCUUUACUCAGGUGUGAUGUGUAAUACAGACUUUGGAGAGCCAUUUUAGUCUGUCUCCUCUGAUCUGCGUGACUCUCCUUUCUCCAUUUCAGCCAUGUGUCAAAAGAGAGAGAAGCCGAGACAUAUGAGCACUUUUGUAGUUUUCAGCGAGAAUGGGAAUUGCGGUCUAAAGGCACUUCCUGUGUUUCUCUCGGGGUUUGGUCGGUCUUUUCUGAUGCCUGUGAUUGUGUUUGGCAGCUCAUUUUCAAAACACUGAAACUGAACAAGAACCAAGUGGACACUGAGACCAGAGAGCACUGUUGAAUUAGAUUUCUUCGGAGACUUUGGCCAAGGAAUCUAUCCAGCCAGAUAUUUUGUUCAACUUUUAAGUGGUCUGUUUUUGAAAUCUCUAAACGUUUUCAUCUUUGAGUGCCAUUCAUCCAUAUCUAUGGACUGAAAGUGUCUGUUUUAUUAAUCAAAAAUGUCCAUGAGUGAUCUGCUUUAAAGUGUAACUUAAAUGGAUACCUUGACAUUUUGAGAUUUUGCUUCGGUUUGAGCUUUUCUUGUGUGUCACUGGUCACAUUAGUGGCAGCCAUUUUCUACAUAUGUCCUUAAAGCUGCAUGAGGGAACGUUUUUAUGGUAAAAUAUUGCCUUUUAAUUGCUAUUAGUUUCCAAAAUACUACCCCCCCCCCCAGUUCCAAGGAAAAUUAAGAAAAGAGUUGUCAGAUGGAUUUGCUGAUUUGCCCAUUUUUGGGGGGGCUUUUUCUCUCCCGUUGUAUCCGGCCAAUUACCUCAUUCUUCCGAACCGCCCCGGUCACUGCUCCAGCCCCUCUGCCAAUCUGGGGAGGGCUGCAGACUACCACAUUCUUCCUCCGAUACAUGUGGAGUUGCAAGCCGCUUCUUUUCACUUGACAGUGGGGAGUUUCGCCAGGGGGACAUAGCGCGCGGGAGGAUCACACUAUUCCCCCCAUUUCCCCCUCCCCCCCGACAGGCGCCCCAACCGACCAGAGGAGGCGCUAGUGCAGUGACCAGGACACAUCCACAUCUGGCUUCCUGCCCGCAGACACAGCCAGUUGUGUCUGUAGGGAUGCCCGACCAAGCCGGAGGUAACACGGGGAUUUGAACCACUGAUCCCCGUGUUGGUAGGCAAUGGAAUAGACCGCUACGCCACCCGGACGCCCCUGAUUUACCCAUUUGUCAACUGCCAUAUUUUUCCAUGAAAUUUUGACUGCUGCACAGGAAGUGACGUUGUUUUGCGUAAUUAUAGACUAGCAUUUAUAUGAUGUGUAUGUUAUAUUUACGCUAUUUAAAUUUAAAUCGGUUACUUUGCUUUUGCUGGUUGUACACAAAUCACAACAUGUAAGACGUCAGUGUUAGAAGCCAUGAUAUACGAUUGUCUUCCUGCGUCGUUCAAGCAACAUGAAACUGAAUUCAACUAAAACAGCGUGGGGCUUUGUCCACCGCCAUUGGGCGGAAAUUCCCUUAUGCGGCUUUAAGUAUCACUGAAAUGAUUAGUGGACUUUGUAAGCAUUCAUCAUUGAAACCACUGAAUAAUGGUAGCUAUGAGCUAAAAAAAACAAUGUCUGUAACUAGCAGCAUCCGUUAGAUUCAAUGUGGAAUUCGAACAAUGUGAAAGGCCAGAAGACAGCGGCUCCAUUUGACAUGGGUCAAGGAGGGUCCUCCUGUUCAUUUCUAUUUAACGCACGCACACACACACACAGACACACAAGCCCGCAGCGUCUUGACUAGAGUAGUGAGCACUUCUACUCACCAGCCGAGACACUCAUACAGACUUGAAUUUUCUUUGAGUAAAAGGUGUCAGAGAAGUGCUAAAAACAACUAUUUUUAUAUUUUGGGCACCUCAGCUGGCGCCUCCCAUUUGUGCUGCAGACGGCACAUGAUGCGACUCAUUUGACUCAUGCCGCCUCUGUAACGGUAUGUGUUUGCCUCGGAAGCAGCUUCUUUAUUCACGUUGUGGAAUCCGAAUCGUGUUUAUUGGCCGUGUAGGUUUGCGCCUCCGUGGAAUUUGACUCCGGUUUCGUGGCUCUCUCGUUGUACUUAACAUAGAAUGACAACAUGACAACACAGCAAUCUUCAGAUAUGUACACAAGGACUGGCUUACACAGGCAAGAGUAGCGACAGAUUACUCUUCCUUUCACGAAUUCUCCCCAGCUGUAAAUGUCUGGGAGUGAGAGUUUGAGAGAAAUAUCACAUUAUAACUCAAAAUGUCAAGGUACUCCUGACAGAUGCCGUCUGUUUUGCAUUUCUGUAAUGUCUUAAAUACUGUAGAUGCAACUUCAUACUACAGAAUGUUCCUUUGCAUCUUUUUUUUUCUGUAACUUGAGAUAUUUAGUACGCAUAUUGUACUGAUUCAUCACUGUCGUACUGCAGUAUAUCUUAAAAUGUACCUUUAACCUGGUGAAACUCACUUAAAAUAGCACAUUUAAUGUCAAUUCCUUCCGGGGUAUCUCUUAAAAAAGCCUUACACUAUUGCAAAGUGGAAAAGCUUCAGUGGGAAAAUUCAUUUUUCUUCCUUAGUCGGUGGAUUGUAUGACAUUGUAUGGUCUGUCAGAGCAACUGUUAGGAACAAGUUGCAAUCCUGAUAACUGGUUUUAACUUACUGACACCUGUGGUGAUCUGAGAUAAAUGCGGUGGUGGUUCAAGCACAGCCGCCAUUGCCAGUGGAUUGGUUAUUGUCUUGAAUACGCCAGCAAUAGAAAGAAUUUAAAAAGACUAUUUGUUUGCAUGUAAAUUUUCAGGAUUGUACCUUGAAAUGACAACUCUCUUAGCAAAGCUUUUCAGUUAAAUAUGAUAUUUUGAGGUUUCAAGGGACAUUUUCAGUUUCACUGAAAACCUAUGGCAAUGGUGAAUCAGGACAAACGGCUCCAAGAUAUUUCAAAGAUAAUUGGAAUGAAUGUGAGGUCCCUUAAAAGACUAGUGAAAUGUGGUCUUCAUAUUGAAGAUCUCUAUAUAAGGGCGUAGGUUUAGGUUAAACAUGCGGGAUGGGGUCGGGGUCUACACCCUGACAAACCAGUGUAUUUUCAAAGGGGGAGUGACAGUUUUUAACUGUUUUUUUUAAUUAAUCCAGGAGGAUGAUGAUCAGAAAUCCCAUUACCUUUUCAUGUUAUAUACCAACAAGUUACUUCUCUUUGUAUCAUUAUGUUUUAUUCGAGGGGCAGAAUUGUCGAGUUCUGAUUACUGAAGUGAUUUAUAACGACCCCCUCCACACCCCCAAAAUCUGAAAUCUGGUAGAAAUGGUGGAGGCGGUGGGGGGGGGGGGUGUCCCUAUCGCUAUGUACCUUGUUUGAUAGGUAAAGUAUGUUUUGGUUACUGCUCCGUGUGGAUAAUAAGAUAAUGUGUAUUCAGUAUUCAUAAUAAAGAUUCUCACCACUGUUU